AUGGUACCUACACAAAUCGAGAAUAAUAAUAAUUAUUAUUCGAUCGUUGACUGGUCUCCAAAGUCAAAAGGACGAGUUUCUUUGAAAGCCAUUGCAAUCUUUAUCGAUGGUUUAUCUGACUUAAAUUUUGAAUUUCUUAAUCAAGAAGCUGUUGAAAAUAUAUUAUAUAGGAGAGAGGAUGAUAUAGAAUUAGGUAAUCUACUUGGUGGUGAAGAUUGGGACGAUAAAUCAAAUCAAAAACAUCAAAGUACUCCUGACAUAUCUGUCCCAUUCCUUAAUUUUGAUUUAAAUUCAAAACGUUCUACUAUGCCUGUUCAUGUAGCAACUCGACGAGCUUACAAGAAGCCCUCAAAACCAAGAGAGUUUGCUAAAAGUGCAAAAAAAAGACAGUCAGUUUUAGCACUUGGUAAAGCAGAAAAGAAACUUACAAUAAACACAAAUACAUCUUAUCUAUUACAAGUUACUGAAGAACCUGAUGAUUUUCCACCAACUCCACUCCCACCAUCCCCUCCACCACUUCCUACAUUCAUAACCAGUAAAUUAGAUGUUGAGAUGGAUCCAGACGUACUAUUGGGAAAUUGUCAUGCUGAUAUUCAAGCAAUGCUUGAUGCUUGGUGUAUGAUUACCGGUGAAGCAAAAUCAGAACAAGAUCCUGUACCUGUGGAUAUUUUAGCUGCAGUGGAAUCUACAACAAAAGCUGUCCAAUCAAUUAGGAAUUAUACAAUGGUAAAAGAUGAUAUAACAGACGAGUCACUUGCGAAAAUAAGAUCUUCUGCCUUGGAAGUUCUUGAGAUGAUAAGUGAUCUUGAAAAAACUCAUCGUGAUGAUGACACUGACGAUAGUGGCAGUGAAGAUGGCCAUUUGUACAAAUCGUCUAAUUACACUUCACUGGAUAAACAACGUGCUACUUUACAGAAAUACAUUCAGAUAGUCGAGGAAUUUUUAUUAUUUGACGAUAAAGAAAUUUAUCCACCAAACACUUCCUAUUUAAGAACAAAUUCAGAUGAUGAAAAAAAAGAUAGUCAUCUAUUAUCUCAAUUAACACCCCCAUUAUCUCCAGGUCAUCCAAAUCUUGAUUGGUCAAAUCCUGAUCAUUUUGGUAGUGACAAAUUAGCUCGAUAUCAUGCAUUUUUAGAGGCUCACCGUCCAUCAAAAUCUAAGAGAUUACCUGAUUAUACGCCUCUUCCAGAUCCAAAAUCUGACAAAGCAGGAUUCUUUGCAUCUUUAGCACGAUCUAAGAGACCAUUUGGUUUUAUUGAUAAAAUUCAUGAGGAUACAUUGAGAACCUAUCGUGCAACUGAAAAUUUGAAAUUCUUUGCGGCAUUUGAUAUAAAAUUUGAUGAAUUUAAUGUAGCAGAGAUUGUUAAAUUAACUGACAAUGGAAAAACCCAACUGGAAAAAGCUUUAGAAAUAUUUUGUGAGAAAGCAAUGCAAGAACUUAUAUCAACUGGUUUACAUCGUCAAAUUCCUUUAUCAAGAGCUUCUUCAAUGUACAUGCAAGAUGUCUUUUCAAAUUCCCAAAUACAACUUCUUCAACGAGUUACCACAAAUUCUAAUGCUGGCAAUAUCUUAUCAGAUCCUACAAAUUUAGCUGCAGCUGAAAAUAAAUAUAAGCAUAAUAUGAAUAAAUAUAAAGAUGGUUGA